AUGCCCAAGAAGAUGACUUCAUUCCUGAUCACCGGUGCCAACCGAGGCCUUGGCCUGUGGAUGGCCACCAUCCUCGCCUCGAAGCCUGCAUCCGAGGUCAACGUCGUCAUUGCCGCGGUCCGAAAGUCCAGCGAUGCCCUGGAAAGGCUUAUUGCCGAAUCCGCAGGUCGUGUGAGACUCCUGGUCGUGCAGAUCACCGAGGAAGAGAGUGUGGAAAAGUUUGCUGUUGAGGUAGCUCAGAUCCUCCCGCACGGCCUGGAUGUCUUGAUCAACAACGCCGGCAUUAUGCAAUACUCUCCAAACUCUGAAUUGGGGGCGGAAGCUAUGAACAAUCUCAAGGAGCACUGGGAAAUCAACGUGAACAGUGUACAUCUUGUUUCCAGGGCGCUUCUCCCGAUUCUACGCAAGGGAAAGAAAAAGACGAUUGUCAACGUGUCCUCCGCGAUGGCAUCUAUCACCCAUCUAAAGGACUACAUGUUCCAGCCGACACCUGCAUACAAGAUUUCCAAAGCUGCAUUAAACAUGAUGACCGCACAAUACGCUGCUUAUCUGGAGAAGGACGGUUUCACUGUUUUCAGUAUCUGCGCUGGUUGGGCUCGAACCGAGAUGGGCUCCGAAGCGGCAGACUUGGAUCCCAAGGAAUCUGCUGAGUGUCUCCUGAAACGAGUCUUGAGCGUUACUAAAAUUGAUAACGGUAAAUUCUUCAGUGCCUUGGUUCCCUCAUGGGAAUCCAAAGGAGGCUCAAGUCGGUAUGAUGGUCGGGUUCUUCCUUGGUAA